GUUGUUCGCUUGGGUCCCCUCUUCUUCCAUUGUUCUCCCCCAAUUCCUCUCUCUUGCGGUCUCGGAAGUAAUCCCAUGGUCAGAAAUCAUGCCGUUUGGCAUCAUCGAUGUGCACACUGACCGGCCGCUGCCGGGCACGGAGCUUCUUAUUCGUAAGGAGCAGGCGGGCAUUGUCAUAGAUGGCGACACUAGCGAGUUGAAGCGGGUCAUGUACAAGGGAAACGAGACCAUCCUCGUCCCACAACCCUCUGAUACCGAUCCCAACGACCCUCUGCUUUGGCCAAGAUGGAAGAAAGAGACGGCAUUCGUGGUGUUGUUCCUCAACAACAUCAUUUUCGCGGCGCUGCCGGGUCCCAUCAUCGCCCCUUCGACCUUUGCUCUCGCCGGCAUCCUCGACGUGCCCAUCACCAAGAUUGCAGAACUAUCGGGCUACCAACUCCUGAUCGUCGGUGCCAUAGGUCCCCUCGUCUCCGUGCUCGCCCAAAAGUACGGUAAGCGACCGCAGUUCCUCUUCGCGGCGGUAAUGGGCACGCUCGGGACCAUCAUCUGCAUCGCCGGCUCCCAACAGAUGAGCUACAGCACCCUACUUGGGGGUCGCAUGGUCCAGGGCCUGGGUACCACCGCCUGGGAGAGCCUGUCGCUCGCGGCCAUGGGCGACAUGUUCUACCUGCACGAGCGCGGCCUCCGCACCUCUAUCACCGUCGCCACCCUGACCUGCACGCCGUCCCUCGUGUCCAUCAUCGGCGGCGUGCUGACCCAGAACCGCGGCUGGAAGACAAUCUUCAUCGCCUCCCUGCCCUUCAACCUGCUGGGUCUGGUGGGCGCCAUCUUCUUCCUACCGGAGUCCCAGUUCCGCCGGCCGGGCGGUUCCGGCUCAGCCAAGGCUCCCGCCGCCGCGGAAUCGUCGUGGUCGGAGAAGCAGGACACCGGCGCGGCCGUGGUCGAGGCGGAGUCGUCCGACGCAGCGCCAACGACCCCGGUCAAACCCAGGAUGACGUACUGGCAGAGCCUGGCGCCGUGGUCGGGCACCUACUCGGAAAAGGCGGUAGGCCACCUCCUGAGCGAGAUCUUCGUCCACCUGAUCAACCCGGCCGUGAUCUGGAUCCAGCUGGUCAGCGCCGUGCUCAUCUCGCUGUACGUCGUGACGGCGUUCAUCACGUCGCAGAUCUGGACCCCCGCGCCCUACAACCUCAAUAUCGCGCAGAACGGCUACUUCUACACGGGCGGGUUCGUCGGCGGCGUGCUGGCCACGGUCGCGGGCCCCGUGUGCGACUGGACGGCCCGGACGCUGUCGCGGCUCAACGGGGGCGUCUUCGAGGCCGAGUUUCGCAUCCCCGUCAACAUCUUUGGCGUCGUCUUCUGCUCGCUCGGGUGGUUCCUGUUCAUGUGGGACGUCAAUAACCCGAGGCCAGACGGGUACUACCUCGGCGCUUUCUGCUACGGCGCCGCGUCUUUUGGUAUUUCCAUCCCCUCCACCGCCGCGGGGCUGUAUAUCCUUGACUCGUUUCCGAGGCAUUCAACCGAGGUGUUCAUCCUCCAGAUGAUGAUCAAGAACUUCCUGUUCUACGCGUUUUCCACCAUGAUGAACACGUGGGCGGGCACGGCUGGUCCCGGGGUUAUCUUCCGCACUUGGGGCAUCGUGUCCAUCGCUCUUCUCGCCACCUGUAUUCCGAUGUAUGUCUUUGGCAAGGUCAACCGGAAGUUCAUGAGCGACCUUUAUGCCAAGCAUAAGAUCUUCAGAGCCAUCGGGUAAGAAUUGGGAAUGGAAGGACGCCCACGUAAAGCAGCCCUGAGGAAACACCUAGGAGAAAUUCUUCGGACCCUUUAAUGAUAGGACAUCGAAUGCGAGAAAUUUAGCAAGGGAUUUAUGAGCGCUGUGAAUCUGGUUUGUUAUAUUUUGCCACAUAAAUAGUACAUUAUAGCCACUGAAAAGCAGGGAAUGCUAUUUCAUCCCACAAUAUCG